AUGGAUUCAGGUGCUGGAGACCGCCAUCCGCAAGGCGACCAACCAUACUACAACUCGCAAACAACCAGCCACAGUCUCAACCUCAGUGAGGCCGACAUGGACGACUGGACUUACACUCCGCCUUCGCACCCGGCCGAAUAUUCCUCCUUGUCCACUGCUCUCUCUCGCCCCUUGAUGAACACCAAUGCUUCUAACAACUAUGACAAUCAUGUCGAGUAUGGCGCUGGAUCUUACAACAACCACGACGACAUCCACGCAGCCUUCCAAGCCACUCAAGGCUUCGUCGACGAGAACACUCCCCUAGACUACCGCAACAUGACUUUCCAGGACUAUCAGCAGAUGGUCGAGAAUCACAACGCUACUGUUCAAGCUGACACUACUCAAUUCGACGAUGACUCCUUCGGCCAGUACGGAUCAGACCCGUCGACUGGCAACUAUGCCACCCAAGUCACUCAAGUUUCUGGACAGUGGACUGGACUCCACGGCCUUCCGAACAACUCUACCCCCCAAAGACUCGACUAUCCUUCCCCACCUCCUCCUCAAGGGUCUGGCUAUGUCUAUCCUCAAAGCCCCUACUACAACAGCCAACCUGUACACGCUGGAUAUGACCCGUACGAAUACCCUCAGCAACCUCCCCACCAUCCGACCAUGGAGUCUCCUCAACCACAACCUCUUACAUUCAUCGAAUAUCCUUCGCCUCCUCAAACAAACGCCCGAUCAGGCGUGAGCACUACUCGACACUCCGCCUCCCACACUCCCACCAAGACGUCAAGAAAGAGCAGCCCCACGGCAAGCAACAAGGCGUCCAAGACAAAGAAGGACUACCAAGAACGCAAGACAAUCCAAUGCGACACGUGCGAACACAAGGCAACUUGUGAGUCCAACCUUAAGCAACAUCAACUCACCCACAAUGGACCCAAAGACUACCACUGUUACGUUGAUGGCUGUGGAAGGUCGUUCCAUCGUCCUUGGGGUUUGGGUCGUCAUCUUAAAGACGUUCACGACAUCCAUAAUGUCAAGGUCAAGAAGAUCGAUAGGGUUCGCAAUCCUCGCAAUUCUGGCGAACCGAAGAACAUUGGCACUGUCUCACCCGCUUCCCAGAAGCCAUUGCCUCCAUACAUCGCCCCAUUCGCUCCAGGUGGUCACUCUUCUUCUCCUCGCUACAUCGACAACAUCCAGCGUCAUCCAUCCCCCACCAGCUCUGGAGGGGAGCUCUCAUCCGCCGGCGACGGCCACCUGACUCCUCUGCCAACUCCUGCCCCCGCUCCCGGUAUCUUCAACAUCCCUGCAGGUCUAUAUUUCGCCUGCCCCGAUUGCACCCUCCGAUGCGAGACUUCCGACGAGUUGGCUUGUCACGGCCACAGCUUCCACGACGACCCUAUUGGCGACCAGUGCAACUGCUCAGUCUGCCGCGGUCAUCACUAUCAGCUCCAGCAACUUGAGCAUCACCAGUACCUUGAGUACCUUGAGUACCUUCAGCAGCAGCAACUUCAGCAGCAGCAAUUCCAGCACCCCCAACAGACUCAACAACAAGCUGGCUUCGAAGUUCAUGAUGUUUACGCUGAGCAGCAGCAGCAAGACGUCGACAUGAUCAUUGAGCAAGAGGACUUCAACAACUACCAAGCUAUCCCCAACACUCCUGCUCAUACCGUCCCCUCAACUCCUUCUGGAGAUGAUACCAGAUUCUGCGGCCCCUCUCACUACUUUUCACCUCAUCACGACUUGCCUCACGCUCAUGACUCCCCCAUGGCCCAUCCACUCGACACUGACAUGGACAUGGAUGUGGACACCGAGAUGGACAAUGAGGACCACAUCUACCCUCCUCCCUCCCCCACCACUCCUUGGACCCCUCAUAGCAUCUCCACUGACGCUCGUCUCAACAUCAACAUCACUACCCAGGACAUCGACGCCGAUACCGAGAUCGACUCCAAGCCCAACAGCACCUCCACCGCUCUCGACCCAUUCGCUCUGGACACUGAGAUGGGCGACUUCCUUGCUGAUGCCGAUGCCGAGCCAUUCCCUAUCCACCACGCGCCUUCUCUUUCGCCCGAAGAGUUCUACCGCAAGCUUGCCAAGAUGCAGGGAAAGGAGUACAAGGAUGACUUCUUUGGAUGA